AUGCCUCCGAAAUGGAGUCCCCAAUCCUUCCUCGACAGCAUUCAACCCCCACCGUUCACUGUUCCACCUGACAGCGGCCUCGUCGUAACUGAUGAAAUGAAGAACCUCCUUGCGCGGCCUGGAUUCAUAAGUCUCAAAACAGGCGGACAAAGUCUCGGAUUCAACAUCUAUGAGCUUACAGCUUUCGGCAAGGCAUGUUACCUAGGUAGCUUUGACACCGCCAGAAAGGCAGUAGAAAGCGGUACAGCUCCAGACCUCGAAGGGACGGAAACGGCUUUCAAGUUUGGAUAUGCGACCCUCAUCAUUGCAGGAUCACAGCGUGUAGAGCCGAUCAACGGCGGACCCACUCAACACGAUGAAGUCCUCAAGUAUCUUCUGUCCUGCGGCCUACCACCCAACGUCCCAGAUAUCUGUGGUUUCACUGCCCUGCACCACAGCGUCAUCGGUGAAUCGAUACAUCGCAAGGAAGAUCUCAUCAGGCUUCUUAUCCAGUCUGAGGCCAAUGUCAAUUAUCAAAAUCGGUAUGGCGAAGUGCCGUUAUUUGGGGCUAUGCAGAGGAACGAUGUCCUCGGGAUCGACCUUCUCAUGGAGUAUGGGGCAGAUGUUCAUAUCGCAGAGGCGGAUGGGAACACGCCGGAAGGGUUUUAUUUGGAAGUGGAUGGGAAAACGAAAGGGGGAGGAGGCGCCGAGGAAAAGGCCUGGCGAACACACAAGACAACCUGCAUCCCAUUCUCCGCAUCUAACACAGUCACCCUCAUCCCAUUCUACGAUUCUGCGAAUCUCAACCUCAUGCCCCUCCAACAUAUCGCCCGCAAAAGCUUUGGCAUUCCCACCCCUGUGAUCCCCGACACGCACGCCCGCGCUGCCCACAUUCCCAAGGGUAUUGCCGACGAAUCAAAAAACAUCAUCAUCAAGAUCCAGGUGCCCAUGACCCAACAUACCGGCAAUCUGCUUAUAUAUACCAAGAAACGCGACUUCGUGUGCUAUGUGCGGAGAGGGGACUGUCCGCAGGCGUAUGAUAAGGUUAUGGAGGUUGUCAAAGCCAAGGGGGCUGGUGGCGCGAAGGCGUAUUUUGCGGCUGAGCUGAGGAGCAAGGAUGAGCUGGUAGUGAAGAUCUCGCAGGUGUUGGCAGAGCAGCCGUUCUGA